AUGAGUUACCCACCGCCAUACAACAACGAUAACGGGCAAUAUCCUCCUCCGCAGUAUCCCUCGCAGUACGUGCAACAGAUUCCUCAGAAUGCCGCGUUUGCUCGAUCUCCCGUAACGGUGCCUCAUUCGCAGCCGCAAUACAACGUUGGAAAUAACGUGCAGUAUAUGAACUAUACGAACUCGUUUGGUUAUUCUCCAAUUUCAGUACCAUCUUACGUUCAGGGUUAUGGACAACCUUCGCCGUCGCAAACUUUGGGACAACAGCGAGGAUUGGCGCCUCCUCAAUCACCUCAGCAGCAACAACAGCAGCAGCAAUAUCUGUAUCAGCAACAGCAACGGCAGCAGCAGUAUAAUUCCCCGGUGAUACAACAGCAUCAACAUUUGCAGCAACAUCUAUCGCAGUCUUCGCCGCAGCUUCAACCGCAACCCUCACCGCAGCAGAAUCUACAUUUACAGCGACAGCAAUAUGGCUCUUCGGUAGUUCAGCAGCAAUUUGGCUCGCCAAUUAUUCAGCAACAUCAACACCAAUCCGUGUCGCAUCCUUCUCCACAAGCUGUACCUCAGCCAUUGCCGCAGUUGAAUCAACACUCGCAACGGCAGCAGCAAUAUGUGUCUCCGACUAUACAACAACAUCAACUUCAACCCCUGCAUCCUUCGCCGCAGCCCAGAUCCCAGCCGUCACCGCAGCCUGUGCAAGUCCCUCAACGGCAGCAGCAAUACAGUUCUCCGACGAUCCAACUGCAUCAACAACUUCAGCAGCACCAGAGCCAACAUGUACCACAGCCUCUGCCACAACCAUCUUCUCACCAGAAUCAAAAUCAACACUUGCCACAACCUUCUCCACGACCACCGUCUCAACCCUCGCCUCAGCCUGUAGUUCUGCCCUCACCACAACAAACUCAGCAACCACAACCACCACCACAGCAACAGCAACAACAAAAACCCCCGCAGCCCAACCCACCAGUAGUUCAACAGCGUCGGAUCGUACAGCAACAACCAACAAAGCCUUCACCAAAACCCCCGCCUCAGCCUUCGCCGCAACAACAUCAAAACAUCUUACAUAUCAUUCAUCCGCAGUCACCACAGCACCAAAAUAACUUGCACUCCAUACGCCCUCCAUCACCUCAACCUGCUUUUCAAGAUCCGCCCAUACUGUUUGUGAAUCCAAGUGAUACAUUCACAGAACCAAUAAGACCGACGUUCUCUUUUGAUAUAGUGGCCAGUGCUGCCCCCUCAUUAAACAAACAGACGGAGCCCUCUUUCACCGCGCCCAGUGCCCCGCAGCAAAGCACCUUGCCUGCAGUCACAGCACCCGCAACGACUGUAUCUCAACCAGCUGUACCGAUCAAGGUUACCCCUAAUCAAGUUCACAUCAAACAAGAGCCGCCCAAAUCUACCCCACUGGCACCAUCAAUACCUCCUUCAAACGAGGUCACGAUGACUCCGUCUCGACCAGCUAGCCAACAUAGAAAGACAUCAGGGCAAUCGGCUUCACCCCUAGUUCAAAUACCGCAAGUUGUCAUUCCAUCUUUAGCAGACGUUCAAAGGUCGUCAAACAAGACGCCUGCCAAAACACCCGCCAAAACGCCAAUGGUAGCACCUCACAAGGUGCAGAAACCUCAAAAGUCUGUCCCCGCUGAUGGUGAUGUGGACUACCAAACUCUACUAUUGGCCCUUGCAGAUGAGUACUUGAAUGCAGCCCAUAGCAAGGGAACAGUCAUUGCUCUUUCAAACAACGAGUUGGAUCUAAAGGAAUACUACAAGCUGGUAGCCACUGGACUUGGGUGUUUGCAGGCAGCACAAACGAACUUUCGAAUGCCGCCGCUUACGGAGGCUUUGACACGGUUGCGCUAUGCACGCAUACUCAUCGAGGAAACUGAUAAUGAUAUAUUAGCGGAGACGGCAUUGAGCAAAGGGAUUGAAAUAUGCGAACGAAACAAGCUUUUAGAUCUCAAGUAUACAAUGCAGCAACUGCUUGCUCGAAUGCUUCAUAAAUCUAACCCCAAGGCAGCAGCGAAGGCUGUUGACAAGAUGAUUGAGGAUGUUGAAACGUAUAAACACACUCCUUGGGAAUACGCGUUUCGUUUACUCAGAAUCAGCCUUGCGCUAUCGUCUUCAACUCAUCAAGACUUUGUUAUUGCCAUUCAUAAUCUGCAGAAACUGACCAACCUGGCUACUCGCAAUGGCGAUAAGCUUGUGGUCGUUGUCGCUGCAUUGAUCGAGGCACUCGCACAUUUACAACAGUCUACAAGCCCUGAUUCCGUUGAACAAGCUCAACAUGCGGUGGCGGUAGCACGAAGUCACCAGCUGGAUCCUCGUGUGCAGGAAAUACCUCAAAUCGGCUCGAUGCUUCAGAUGGUCGAUAUAUCAUGCAGCUUGCUUGAAUACGAUCUGAAUCAAGCCUCGCAAAAACUACAAAUAAUGCAAAGCAUGAUGGAUCAGCGAAUCCACGACUCACGAUGGCGUGAGGAUGGCUCUUUUCUUGUUCCUUUGAACACGCAAACGCCUCCCAAGCCGACUGAAAUAGGUGACAUUCUGCGCGUCGAGAAUGGUAAACUGUGCUUGACAUUGCAUUGGCUUCCGCAACAUGACCUAUAUGGCCUCUGCUACUUUUUGAGCUCCAUGACAUUAGCUGCCAGAAAUUCACAUGAUGGUCGUAAGGCUGAGAAGUAUUUGCAAGAGGGCUUGCGUAUGGUCCGUGGGAACUUCAAAGCGCCUGAAGAAGUCAAAGAGUCUGUCGUGGCGGCUAGCAAACGACUAGAAUGGCGACGAAUUCUGUACUGUAAUAUACUGCUACAUCUUACAUUCUUGGCAUGCGCAAGAAGCGACUGGGAAAGCGCCAGUCAAACACUUAAGGAGCUCCGCAGCUCCUCUGAAGAAUUGGGCAGCGCAUUGCCGGAAUCAAUCUCCUGCCUCAUGGAAUAUGCCGCGGGCGUCAUCGCACAAGGCAAUGGCGAUCUAGUAGCGGCAUUGGCCGCAUACGAUUCCCCCCUUCUCUCACUCUCAUCCUCGACAAAUCGAACAAUGCGCAACGAUCCUCGCCGCGACACAGCGAUUCUCGCAGGCCUCAACACGAUCCUCAUCCUCCGCGAACCCUCACMCCCCUCCCAUUCCCGCCUCGACCAGGUCCUAGCUCUCGUUGAACCGCAAUGCCUCAGCAGCUCCAACAAGUAUAUCCAGGCCGCCUACUACCUGGUCUGCGCUACAGUGUACAGCGAAUCCACGAUUCAGACAAAACAAUACCUUCAACAAGCCCUCCAAUCCGCCACGGGCAUCAACAACAGCCAAAUCACCUGCAUGACCCUGACCUUCAUGAGCUGGAAAUACUUCCGUGGCGUGGUCGGUGAACAGUCGGAAAAGAGUGCGCGCGCAGGCCGCGCCAUGGCCAAAAAAGCCAAUGAUCGUCUGUGGGUUAGCGUUACGGAUCAGAUGUUGGCCGAGACGCUGGAUAGACAGGGUAAAGCAGAUGAAGCUCGUGGUGUGAGAGAAGAAGCAGGCAGGUUGUUGAUGGGUCUACCAGCGGCGCUGAAACGGACAGAGUAUCUGUGA